UGCCGUUUAUACCUCUCCCUCAUCACAAUUAUUCCCUCUCUUGUCUUCAUAUUUUUUGUAGGUGAUAAUUCAUUACAACAUCGCGAUUCAGCGCCGGUAAGGUAAAAGUGGGGGGGACUCACUCUCACUGCACUCGACCGUUUCUCUCUCUCUCUCUCUCUCUCUCGCCAAUUCGUUCGUAAGAUUACUCGCGGGAGCGUACCUUUCGUAUUUGUCAAACUCGCGAGUGGCAAAGCCGAGAGUACACAGCCGAGUGUUGUGUAUGACGGUAGUGAACUUUACGAACAUUUUCUGUCGUCAGAUUUAACGGGAAAAUUCACAACCAUGGACAACAACGUGAAAAACUACGUUAAUUUUCAAGCGGAAGUUACCUGUGACCUGGACUAUGUACCUUCCGCUAUUCAGCUCGUAGAAAGUUUGAAUACAUUCGGAAUCGGAUUGCUAAGUGUUGGAUCAAUAUUUUCAAUCCUCACAAUAUACUUUGCAGUAGAUGCCUGUCACAAUAUUAUUUCCCAAAAAGAUUCGAAAUUCUACAAAACAAACGCAAUCAUGAUUUUGUCGGUGUAUCCAAUCGCGAGUGUUUGCAGUCUUACAGCUAUUGCAAUACCAAGAGGCCAGCUACUAUCGGAGGCGGUAACUCAAAUUUUUCUAACAAUCUCUCUUUAUCGGCUGUAUCUGCUCUUGCUGGACGUCGGUCGCCGAAAGAUCAGCGAGACGCCGGCACUGAUGCUACGAGUCGGGCCUUGUUGCUGCUGGCCCUGUCUGCCCUUUCCGAACCUCCAAAUGACCGACACCAAUUUGUCUUGGCUAGGAAUCCUGGCCUUACAGUUUCCUAUCGUCCAGAGUUUUCUCUACCUCAUAUUCCUCUUUAUGGCGGCUGAGGAGCCGAUACUUGCUACACAAUACAGCGUAUACCUUCAGCCGAUCAUGGUAAUUAGCAUACUUUUGGGAAUCUACAGUCUAACUGUUGCCACAAAGACUCUACAUGCAGUAGCUCCAGAGGCUAAAUUGCAUUAUAAGACCUUGGUGUCACAAUUAGUGCUACUAUUCUCCAAACUACAGUUGGGUAUCAUCAAAGGUCUACCUGCCACAGGCUUGUUUCCGUGCAAUCCUCCCCUCAACCCAGCAAUUUAUGCUAAUGUGACGUACAACGCGUUAAUGCUAGUGGAGAUGCUGCUACUUUGCUACGCCGCGAGACACGUGUAUUACGUCGACCUAGAGAAAAAUCAAGAAACGGAUACGACAGAUCGAGUGGCGCGGAUAUCGGGUCAGGCAGUAGACCCGCCGAACAACGACAGCAAUAAGCAGUUUUCAGCUACAGUGUGAAAUUUCGAAUUGACGACUCAUUGGAGUAUUAUCAAUUAUUUUGUGAAGAAACUAUCAUCACACAGUGACGAAUUCGUAUUUCCUGAAUCGUGUGAGGGACGCCUGACAUCUUAAACGGGAAAUACAUUGAUCGAUGUGAGUGAAAUAAGAUUGCGUGGAGGAUAUAUAUUGGUGUCGAGAUACUUCAUCCUUCGGUUUUUUUAAAUCUCUUCUAUAUCACAGAUAUUUCUCUAGAAAUAUUAUAUAAAUUAUGACUUAUGCAAUAUGCUUGAAAGUGCGACAUAUAUCUUUCGAUUCCAAAGAGAUUCCAAAAAUAUUAAUUUAUGCUAUAAGGUGCUAAACAGAACAAGAUUUGUAACGAUAAAAGAGAAAGAAAACGUCGCAGCUCAACUUAAAGUUACAAGUUUUAUUACUUAAAACGAUAUUAAAAAAAAUGAUUUAAGACUGACUUCGAAAAUUUCGAUUUUUUAGUAGGCGUUCUCGUAACUUUGUGACGUGUUAUCAAUUUCUAUCUUUUGCCUUUCACUGUCUAUUUUUCAUGUUUUUAAUUAUUAUUGCACAUUGACAAUGAUUCUUGUAAUCAUUCAUUAUGCACUUUUUAUGUUUUUACUAUUCUUUAUUUUUCAAUGUUUAUUUUUUUAAUCAUUAUUGUACGCGCUUUAAUUUAAUUUUUAGAACACAUGUUUAGCAAAGCAUUAUGUAAAAAUAUUACAAAAUGUUAAUGUAGCAGGACAUAUAGAAUCUAAAUUCUAUUUUUAAAUGUAGUUCCUUAUGAAUAAUGUUUGUUAGAAAAUGUGACAAUGUAUACUAAACGUACGAGUAAACGUAUGUAACUCGUAUGCAUGUAAUUGAGGAUCUUUUAUCUUAAGACUUUUUAUUAGUAUAAGAUUAAAAUAAAAUUUUUUAA